AUGCCCUACUUUAUAUCAGUAUGCAACUAAUUACUUAGCAUCUGGUCUAAAGUUACCUACAAUGACAUACCUGGCUAAACUAAAGAUAGAAAAUGUAGGGGAAUUAAAAAAACAAAAUGUCUCGAUACAAAUGGGGCUUUCGUGUUUAGUUGUAAGACCAUGUGGUAGGUUGUACACAUUGUUAGAAUAAAACAGAAUGUAGGACCAAUUAUUUACUUCAAGUUUAUAAUACGAACGAACAAUUCAGACCUGGCAUUUUCAAAGAUUGUUGUGAAUUUUUGUGUACAUAUAUUACUAGUCAUAAUGAGCCAUAUGAAAUUUAUAGAGAUUUUUUUCUGUAUUGUCUGUUUAAAUACCUGCGUUUGAUAAGGUCAUGAUGAGGUGUGACAUCUGAUGGGAUAAAUAACUAUAAAACUAAAAGAAGAGAGAUAUCUGUACCAGAACUUACGACAAUACACCGUCUACCUGGAUCGUACCAUAAAGUAGGCCCAUCUAUUUCGAUGCAGAUCAACAUAGGUGUUUCCAACCGACGCUAAUAGUCCUAUCUUUGGAUCUUAACUUUUGACUAGCAUAUUGUUACGUACUGGACAAGGGAGCAAAUCUAAUAACAAGAGUGACAACUCUGCUCAAUUUAACAAACGAACACUUCAAUUUUAUUAUCUCUACUAAGCAGAACAGCGAGUGAUACGGUGAUAUUGCUAUACAAUGAACAAAGUCACGAAACUGCUCUUCUUGGACUUUAAAACAUUAGUAAAGACAAUUCAGUAGCUAAAAUAGAGACCGCAUGUUUUGAAACUAAACAGUACCCUGGUAAUAGUAUGUUCUGUUUGCAUUCUCAGAGCAGUGCCAUAUGAAAGAGAAAGCUCUCACAAUAGUUACUUCAUGUUCCUGGUCUAUUCUGGGUGCGUCCUGGACAGAAUGUAAAACACAGCAACUAUUUAGCCAAUAUUUAUAGUUCAUGAAUCAUUCGUCAUGUUGGAACUGGACAAUGUUCCCAUCUUCUUCUCUCAUCGUCUGCUCCUCUCGUGUCUGGCAUGUUUGGGGACACUGAUGGUUUACGUCACUCGGGUCAAUUUGUCCGUAGCCAUCAUAUGUAUGGUGCGCAGUGCCCCUGCCAAUGACUCGCUGGACGUCCUCAACGCUUCCUCAACUGGCCAGAACAAUGUCACCAGCUCGUGUGGUAGUGACGUCGUAUCAGCUAACGCCGGUGCUGCCAGGGAGAGAGCCGAGUUUGACUGGGAUAAGAAUACUAGAGCUCAACUGUUGGCCAUGUAUUUCUAUGGCUAUAUAUCGACACAAAUUCUUAGUGGUUGGCUGGCCUCACGUUAUGGGGGUACAAGAGUUUGGGCUGUCAGUAUGUUCAUCUGUGCACUGUGCACGUUAAUCACGCCUGUAUGUGCCAGGACUCACGUGUAUCUGGUCUAUGCUGCUAGAGUCAUCAUUGGAGUGUCUUCUGGUGUUUCUUUUCCUUGUAUACAAGCCAUUCUAGGGCGCUGGGCUCCUGUUUAUGAGAAGAGCAAACUCGCAUCGAUCAUAUAUGCAGGUUUAUCAGCAGGAAACAUCAUAACAUUUGCUAUAUCUGGACUGAUGUGUGAAUACGGCUUCGACAAUGGCUGGGGCUCAAUUUUUUAUCUAUCAGGACUAUUUACGAUAUUAUGGGUGGCAUCUUGGUUUGUUCUGACCUCAGACACUCCUGCUAAACAUAGGUGGGUCUCAGCAAAGGAAAGAACAUAUAUUGAAACAGCAAUAGGUAAAGGGGGACUAACUAAGGUCCGAAGUGUUCCCUGGCUAAAAAUGUUCAAAUCUGGACCUUUGUGGGCUGUCACCACAGCACAUUUUUGUAAUAAUUAUGUAAAUUAUACACUUUUGACGUUGCUGCCAACAUUUUUAAAAGAAAGUUUAAAUUUUGACAUCAAACAGAAUGGAUUGCUGUCGUCUCUCCCAUAUAUCAGUGAAUUUUUAGCUUCUCUUUGUGUUGGUUAUGUAGCGGAUACAAUCCGACAAAAGAAAAUUAUGUCCACAAAGACAGUCAGGAAAUCAUUUCAGUUCUUUGGAUUUAUUGGAACAGCCAUAUGUACCGUCAGUGUUGGUCAAAUGACUUGUGAACAGCGCCACUAUGCGGUACUACUACUGUGCAUUACUACAGCCUGCAUGAGUUUUAAUAGAGCUGGUUAUGUGGUUAAUCAUCAAGACCUGGCUCCAAGUUAUGCAGGUGUGCUGUAUGGUAUAACCAACACUGCUGGUACCUUGCCAGGAAUGAUUGCACCUAUAAUUGCUGGAGCCCUAACACCUAAUAAAACAACAGAAGAAUGGAAGAAUGUUUUUUACGUCUGUGCCGCCAAUGCAGUGUUUGGCGCCAUAGUCUACGUAGUUCUAGCCGAUGGCGAGCUCCAGGAGUGGGCAGUGCCACCUGAAAUUCAAAUAAAGAUGGACAUUGUCGCACAAUACACCAAUGAGAACAUAAGCACAAGUGGGGAAAAAUCAUCAGAAUUACCGUCAGAAAACAAACAGAACAUUUACACAAACAAAAUGAAAUGUUACGAAAAUUUAGCAAUGGAUCAAAAAGUUUAAGAGACUAUUCGUGCGACGAUAAUAACUCUUUUCUUAUCUUAAAAGUUACUGUUCUUCAAAAACAAAAAGUAUUACGUCUUUCACUUGCAAAUGUUAACCUAGGCCUAUAGUAGAUACCGGUACUUGUAAGUCUCUAGUUUUCGUGGAUAAUUAGGGUAUGCCGUUCUAGGCACUUAUUCAGUUGUAAACUUGCAGAUUCUAGGCCUGCUAUACUAUAACAUCGAUAGACCCUAUGUUUAUUUGUUUUCCUUCGUUUGGAAAAUACAUGCGCUGCAAUUUCUUCCCCCCCCCCCCUUUUUUUUAAAUGUAGCUUGGUUAGCUCAAGUUUAUUCUGUUUUGUUGAAGAUAUUUGAGCACAGAAAGAAUGCAGAUUGAUAAAAUAUUCCUACUAAGGACUAUCACCUAUUUUAUGACUGUAGAAAUAUCUGCUACGAGGGUGAAUUUGAUUACAUUUUGUUUAAUUAAUUAAUAUUUCCAAUUGUAAGUUAUUUCUGUGAAAUCAAAUUAAACGAUAAAUGAAAAGAU